AAGAAAACUGUGGGUGCAAACUGGAAAUAGAUAUGAACCAUAAGUUUUCUUCAAGGCAAAAAUUAAAGUGAAAAUCAUCAGAAAUGGACAAGAAUCCAAAUUGUAUUGUGUGGAUGUGCUUCCACGUGUCCAAUUCCAAAUGAAUCCCAUAGAUUUCAUUGGAUGAGAUAAUCAGAUUUCAUUUCCCCCCAAGUAGUCUUUAUUUACUUCACUCCCUUACAUUUCUUUUCUCUAGCUUCCUUAACAAACCCAAAGUUCUAAUCUUUGGAAGCAGAAAGAAAAUCAGAAUGGCUUUAGUUAAACCCAUUUCAUCCAAAUUUGGCGCCACCACCACCGCCGCCGCCGCCGCCGCCAUCCCCAGAGGCGGAGGCGGUGUAGCAAUGGCGGCCAUCAAUCCCACUGCCAGCAGGAGGGCAGCUGGCAAGUUUGUCAUCAGAGCUUCGUCGACGGCGGCCAGUCCUCCUCCGACCAAGACGACCAACAGUAAGAAGGGAACGAAGAAGGAGAUAAAUGAGACGCUGCUGACCCCACGGUUCUACACCACGGAUUUCGAGGAGAUGGAGAGGCUGUUCAACACCGAAAUCAACAAGAAUUUGAACCAGGACGAGUUCGUGGCCCUUCUCCAGGAGUUCAAGACCGAUUACAAUCAGACCCACUUUGUGAGGAACAAGGCCUUCAAGGAGGCUGCCGAUCAGAUGCAGGGCCCACUUCGCCAGAUUUUCGUCGAGUUCUUGGAGAGGUCUUGCACUGCUGAGUUCUCUGGUUUCCUUCUCUACAAGGAGCUCGGCAGAAGGCUCAAGAAAACUAAUCCAGUGGUGGCUGAGAUUUUCUCUCUUAUGUCUAGAGAUGAGGCUCGCCAUGCCGGGUUUUUGAACAAGGGUUUAUCAGAUUUUAAUUUGGCAUUGGACUUGGGGUUCCUCACAAAAGCCAGAAAGUACACAUUUUUCAAGCCUAAGUUCAUCUUUUAUGCCACUUAUUUGUCCGAGAAAAUCGGAUACUGGAGAUACAUCACCAUAUACCGGCAUCUUAAGGCUAACCCCGAGUACCAAUGUUAUCCUAUCUUCAAAUACUUUGAGAACUGGUGCCAGGACGAGAAUCGACAUGGUGAUUUCUUCUCAGCCUUGAUGAAAGCUCAGCCUCAGUUCCUCAAUGACUGGAAGGCCAAACUCUGGGCUCGGUUUUUCUGCCUUUCGGUUUACGUGACUAUGUAUCUCAACGAUUGUCAAAGAACAGCUUUUUAUGAAGGCAUUGGACUUAACACAAAGGAAUUCGACAUGCAUGUCAUCAUCGAGACAAACCGCACGACGGCUCGGAUAUUCCCUGCAGUGCUAGAUGUUGAGAACCCUGAGUUCAAGAUGAGGCUGGACAAGAUGGUGGAAAUCAACGAGAAAUUGAUUGCAGUGGGGGAGAGCGAUGAUGCUGGCUUUGUGAAGAACUUAAAGAGGAUUCCCAUCAUUGCGGCUCUAGCCUCAGAGUUAUUGGCAACCUACCUAAUGAAACCCAUUGAAUCUGGUUCUGUUGACAUUGCAGAUUUUGAUCCGCAACUUGUUUACUAGAAAAGGAAUGUACCAUUAUCUCUUUUCGGGGGGGGGGGGUGGGUUGGGUUUAGGAUGGAGGGAACAUUGUGUAAUUGCUGUUACUCUUACAGUCAAAUGAGACAGUUGAAAUGUUUAUGAGCAAAAACUGCGCUCGGAUGCCAAAUUUUUGUGGGGCAACAAAGGUUAAGAAACUUUUCAUGGCAGUGGAUGAAAGGAGCAUCAUGUUAUGUAUUGUUGAUUGAUGAAGAGAUGUUAGAGACAACCAAAGAAAAUAAUGAAGUACUACUAAAUUAAGGUGAAAAAUAUGAGUACAAGCUGGCACUGGUAUCAUCUUUGGUACAAUGAUUGGGUCUUCCAGUAGUGACAGUCCAUUCUGGAUUCCUAGCAUUUAAUUAAUGCAAUUGUAGUGGCUUUUCAUUAGCAACAUUCCGGUGAUUAAAGUGAGUUUCUUAUAUCUACACUUUGACUUGCCUAACCAUGGUUUUGGUGUAUGGUGUGUUUAAGCCAUCACAUGAUCGCUAUUCUCCUGCUUACUAGUCCGUGUGUGGCGACUCUGUUCGACCUAUUUCGUCUUUUUUUUUUCUUCAGGACAAAAGGAAUUAAUUACAUCUUACUUUACCAUAUUAAAAACUAAAACUAAACUUGAAAAUUUAAUCCUAUUUUGGCAUGUCAAUUCAUCUGUGAGACUCCAUGUAUUAAAACAAUGUACAUAUUAUCUUUGCCAAAUCACUUACUUAAUUUUUGAUACUAAAUAAUUUUCAAAAUUUAUUUCUUAUUUCCUCUCAACCUAUCAUCAAAUUCUUUUACUCCCUCU